GCGCCUUGAGCCGUCGAUGCAUCGUCGAGCUCGCCUACAGAGAAUACGCGCGUAUCAGAAGAUCCAAGAUCGACGCUGCAUUCCCCUAGAUGACAUGCCUUCUAACGAUGAACUUGCGACUGUAGUUCCGUUCCAACUGGACAGUGGAUCCUCAGACAGGAAUCUACACCGCUUUGAUGGUCAAAACGCCCACUGGCAUCCCUACUGAUCCGCCAUUGACCUCCAAAGGCGUUGAGCAGAGCAAGGAGUUAGCCGAGUAUCUGUGCAGUGUUGAACCUCCGAUCGAGAGAGUUUAUUCCAGUCCGUUUUAUCGGUGUUUACAGACGCUCAAGCCCACAACGGACCGACUCUUUCAGGAAGGAACUGCGAAAGGCAAGAUCAGAAUAGAUCGGGGCGUUGGGUAUGUUGAGACAUCGUCGUGGAGGUUCGUUAUGCGAGCUUGACGGAUAGUCACUGAUGCUGAGGCACAGUGAGUUCUUUGGCCGCGCAAGCUGGGAGCAUCCGACGCCGCCGGAUCUCAAGACAUUGACGCCACUGUUCGAUCAUCUAGACCAGGACUAUGUCUCUGUUCACAUGCCAGCGCCCAGGGGCGAGAUGAUUGUGGAGCUGCAUGAACGAGUCAGAAACGCUCUCGACCAUAUCGUCACAACUCUUGACAAUGACCCUGAGCAGCCGAGGACCGUUCUGAUAUGCACUCAUGCCGCUACCAUGAUUGCAGCUGGGCGAGUCUUGACUGGCCAGAUGCCGGAGGAUCCUGAUACAGAUGACUUUCAGUGCUUUACUGCUGGCCUCUCAAAGUUUGUGCGAAAACGCGCGGACCCGGAGGAAGGCGUCGCAGGCAACUGGACUUGUGAGCUGAACUCCGAGACGUCGUACUUGUCAGGAGGAGCCGAGAGAGGGUGGCAUUUUAAUGGCGACGAGAGUUUCGUCGCAUUUCCAGACGAUCCUAGAGAGGAUAAGGAGGCAUCGAAGUUGUGAUGAAGGCGAGCAUAGUGAGUUCAAAGAUGGGCAAGAUUUAUGCGAGCGUCUAGUGUGUGCAACCAUAUCAGAUGGAAGUUCAGCAUGAGUAACAAGAGCAAUGAGCGUUAGACUUUAGACAAGACCAAUACGAUCAACAGCCUGCAC